AAGAGCGCUAUAAAUGUAUUAGAAAAUCAUAUCAGGAGAUGAUAUCCACUCUUAUUUUUACCUACAGAUCUGCAGAAUUCAGAGUUCAGUCAUGCCAAAUAAAACGACAAUUAGAGAAUUCAUUCUUCUGGGACUUACGGAUGACCCCGAGUUACAAGCUGUGAUAUUCUUCUUUAUGCUGUUCACCUAUUUAUUAAGUGUAGGUGGAAACAUGACCAUCAUCAUGUUAACGCUAUCAAAUGUCUGUUUGAAGACUCCUAUGUAUUUCUUCCUCAGGAAUUUCUCUUUCUUAGAAAUUUCAUUCACUACGGUCUGUAUUCCUAGGUUUCUGAUCAGCAUUGCAACGGGAGACACAACCAUUUCCUAUAAUGCUUGCAUGACGCAAGUAUUUUUUUUAAUCCUUCUGGGUUCCACAGAGUUUUUUCUUCUGGCCGUGAUGUCCUAUGACCGCUAUGUGGCUAUCUGCAAACCUCUACACUACACAACUAUCAUGAGUAACAAAGUCUGCCACCAGCUUGUCAUCAGCUCCUGGCUGGCUGGUUUCCUCAUUAUCUUUCCCCCGGUGAUUAUGGGCCUCCAGCUGGAUUUCUGUGACUCCAACAUCAUUGACCAUUUCACUUGUGACUCUUCUCCUAUGCUACUGAUUGCUUGCACUGACACAAAGUUUCUAGAGCUUAUGGCAUUUUUCUUAGCAGUAUUCACACUCAUGGUAACUCUGCCCUUGGUGAUUCUCUCUUACACACUCAUCCUCAGAACAAUUCUCAAGAUCCCCUCUGGCCAGCAAAGGAAAAAGGCCUUUUCUACUUGUUCCUCCCAUAUGAUUGUGGUAUCCAUUUCUUAUGGGAGUUGCAUUUUUAUGUAUGUAAAAACAUCUGCAAAAGAAGGUGUCGCUUUGAGCAAAGGGGUGGCAGUACUUAAUACCUCCGUUGCUCCCACGCUGAAUCCCUUUAUUUAUACCUUAAGGAACCAGCAGGUAAGACAGGCCCUUAAGGACAUCACCCAAAAGAUGUCAUUAUCAAACAAGCAUUAAUCACUAUGAAAUCUAUAGCUGAAAUCACAAGU